GAAAACUGUAACUGAUGAGUAAAAGUUCAAAAUAUUCAAGUCUAUACAAUGGAAGCGUAUAUAGUUGUAAACAAGGAAACAUUGUUUUAAGUUUGCUAUGGGAUCUGAACCUCAUGUUCCAUUAUUUCUUCUGUACCAAAAGCUCAAGUAUCCGGCACCGGGAGCUCCACAAUUAGCGACAAGGGUGAAAGAAUUACCAACAGCAUCUGGGUUCCAACGGGUGAGUGUGGAUAAAAAGCGUGGGCUAGACCAUGGAGCUAGGGUGCCGCUCAUGCUCAUGUUCCCAGAGGCUGAUAUACCAGUGUGCCAGCUCUCAAUCCAGACCAAUAGGGAUGGAACUUAUCAUUAUGAUCUGGGGAAAGCAUUGGCUCCUCUCAAGGAGGAAGGUGUCCUUAUUAUUGGGUCUGGUUCUGCCACUCACAACCUGAGGGCCCUACGACAGUCCAGAGAUGGCUCUGUUGCUUCUUGGGCUUUGGAGUUCGAUACGUGGCUCAAAGAUGCCCUUCUCAAUGGAAGUUAUGAAGAUGUCAAUCACUACGAAGAGAGAGCACCGCAUGCAACAGCACACCCGUGGCCAGACCACUUCCAUCCGCUGCAUGUAGCCAUUGGCGCCACGGGUGAAAGCAAAGCUGAACUUAUCCACCAUAGCUGGGACCUUGGUGCACUUUCUUAUGCCUCUUAUAAGUUCACAACAACUGAGUGAACAUUCAUCCUUCGUGACAGAAAUGCAUGAGCAUAUAUUUCUCAAAUGUAAUUUCGUUUAGUUUGUACCCUGUUUGAACCAUAAUAAGAGCACAUGUGCCUAUGUAAACA